AUGAACCAAAACUUGAGUGUCUUGGACCAAGAGGUGAUACAAAGAUCAUGCCAAGCGAUUGUCGACCUGGCAAAAAAAGGAUAUUGCAAGGGAAUGACUGUGGAGAAAGAUACCUUGGAUAUCGAUCGCACGAGCCUCCAAAAAGCCCUGCGAAGUAUCGCAAAUCAUGUAGUUUACGGCGGAAACAUAAACGUCACACUCCACGAUACAACUUCCUUGACGAGAUACCAAGGUCAAUCGCUCCAGAAAGAAGGAAAAAAUAUACACAUGAAAGCGAUUUGGAAUUUUGACUGGCCAGGUCUUGAACAUGGUUUGAACAGUUCAAGUAAUACGUUGAAUAGUGAACAACCUUGGCCACAGCAAACAUGGCCGGGACGCUUGAAAGCGGCAAUGGUAGACAACGAACAAGGCUAG